AUGGGCCAGUCCAUUGGAAGUCUGUUCCCGCUUCGGUGGCGGUUGUGGCUUGGCAAGCUGCUCUUCCGCCCCCUUGGCCCGUCUACGUUCAGAGUCAGCUGGCAUCGCGUUAUCAAGGGACCAUGCGAUCCAACCGAAGUAGAGGCCAUGAAUUACGUCGCCGCCCAUACAACAGUCCCGGUGCCCAAAGUCUAUGCUGUUCAUACUGAGGGUCAACUGAUUUACAUAGAGAUGGCAUUUAUCCGUGGUGAAACCUUGGAGAGCGCCUGGGAUAAUCUGUCAAAAGGCCAGAUGACUGCCAUUUUCGACGAUCUCAAAAACCACUUGUCAAGCCUCCGCGCCCUUCAGCCCCCAGAACAGGGCAUGGUCUCCUCUGCACUCCAGAACCCGGCGUUUGACUGCCGCAUUGGAUUUCGGUUCUUUGGACCGGUAAGCCACGAUGGCUUUCACUCACUUACGCGAGGGCAUUUAAUCAUAGAAGAUGUCGAACCAUUUCUUGGCCAGGAAGUAGCAAAGACGCACACGUCCAGUUAUGCGACCCACUUUACCCAUGCAGAUCUAGCUCCCAGGAAUAUCAUGGUGCGCAACGGGCGAAUUUCUGCCAUCAUUGACUGGGGCUUCGCGGGAUGGUAUCCCGAGUAUUGGGAAUUUACGAAGGCACACUAUAAUCUGUUUUUUGGUCAAGACCUUUGGGAGGAAUAUAUGCGUCUUGUCUUGCCCUGCUAUGAGACAGAACUCGUUGCGGAGCGAAUCCUUUGGAGAAGACUACCAGAGCCGGGGACGAUUUCUAGCUCAUGGGCCGAUCACACCGUUUUCAAAAAGGGUUCAACUCCUUCCGCAGAAUGGUUGAGUAAAAGAGCCGGUCUCAAAUCAAUAGACUUGUGGUCUCUUGCUUUGGCUAAAGGAGAAUAUGACACUUAUGACACUCCUGUUUAA